UCUUCAAAAUGAUAAUCUACCCAAAAUCCCAAAUGCUUACACGAAUCGGAAUGAAAUCUCUCCUCAAUCCCAAAAUCUCACUCUCCACUCUCAAAUCCAUAUCCUCCCUUGCCGCCGUUAAAAACCCAUCAUUUUCCCCCAGUCUUUUUGACCCCUUCCAAUUCCUCAAUGAUUACACAAAAUCAACUCACUGCACUAUUACAAACACUAGAAUCUUACAUGCCCACUCUCUCAGAAUCGAUUUACUCCCAUCCAAUGUCGCCAUUGCGAACUCUUUACUUGACUGCUACUGUAGAUCUGGUUCCAUGGCAGAUGCACUCCACCUGUUCGAUGUAAUUCCUGAUAGAAAUGUGAUCUCUUGGAAUUUCAUGGUUUCGGGUUAUAACAGGAGCUCGAUGUUUGAGAAUUCAUGGGGAGUGUUCUGCAGGAUGCGUUGUUCGGGUUUUGAGCCUGAUGAGUUUACUUAUGGGAGUGUUCUUUCGGCUUGCACUGCCUUGCAAGCUUCUAGUUUGGGUGAGCAGGUUUAUUCGCUUGCAAUGAAAAAUGGGUUCUUUAGUAGUGAUUAUGUUCGGUCUGGAAUGAUAGACCUGUUUGCCAAAAGUGGCAGCUUUGAGGAUGCUUUGAGGGUGUUUCGUGAUGUUUCGUGUUGGAAUGUUGUGAUUUGGAACGGUGUUAUCUCUGCGGCUGUGAGAAAUGGAGAGAACGGAGUUGCGCUGGACCUUUUUCGACAAAUGUGUUGUGGGUUUUUGUUGCCGAAUAGCUUUACGUUUUCUAGUGUUUUGACUGCCUGUGCUGCACUUGGUGAAAUUGGGAUUGGGAGGGAGGUCCAAGGGUGGGUAAUUAAGCGUGGUGCAGAAGAUGUGUUUGUUGGGACUGCCAUUGUAGACUUAUAUUCCAAAUGUGGAAACAUGAAUGAAGCUGUCAAGGAAUUCUCCCGUAUGCCAACACGUAAUGUGGUGUCUUGGACUGCCAUCAUUUCUGGUUUUGUGGGGAAGGGCGAUUCUAUCUCUGGCCUCAAGUUUUUCAGAGAAAUGAGAAGAAUGGGAGAGGAAAUAAAUAAGUUUACUAUUACUAGCGUACUCACUGCAUGUGCUAAACCAUCCAUGAGUGAAGAGGCAAUCCAAAUCCAUUCACUGAUAUUAAAAUCUGGGCUCUAUUCAGCUGCAGAAGUUGGAUCCGCUUUAAUUAAUGCGUAUUCAAAAAUAGGAGCAGUUGAUGUAUCUGAAAUGGUGUUCAGGGAGAUGAGAACUUUAAAGGAUCUGGGUACAUGGGCUGCAAUGAUAUCUUCUUUUGCGCAGAAUCAAAGUCCUGAAAGCGCAAUUGGAGUUUUCCAGAGAAUGUUACAGGAAAGUGUGAGACCAGAUAAGUUUUCUACUUCUAGUGUCUUGAGUAUUAUAGACUAUUUAGGUGUAGGGAGGCAGAUACAUAGCUACACUCUUAAAGUUGGGUUGGCCUUUGACGCUUCUGUUGGUAGUUCACUUUCCACAAUGUAUUCGAAAUGCGAUAGUCUAGAGGAAUCUUACAAGGCAUUUCAGCAAAUUCGUGACAAAGACAAUGUUUCAUGGGCUUCAAUGAUUGCCGGUUUUUCAGAACAUGGCUUUGCAGAUCAAGCCCUUCAGUUAUAUCGAGAGAUGCCAUACAAAGAAAUAAUACCUGAUCAGAUGACUUUAGCUGCAAUUCUAACUGCAUGUUCUGCUUCUCGUUCCUUACUGAUUGGUAAGGAAAUUCAUGGUCAUGCUCUUCGUGCUGGAGUUGGAAGAGAUGUAGUUGUUGGUGGUGCAAUUGUGAACAUGUACUCAAAAUGCAGUGCUCUAGAAUUGGCAAGGAGGGUGUUUGAUAUGCUUCCUCAAAAGGAUGAAGUUGCAUGUUCUUCACUGGUUUCAGGUUAUGCCCAAAAUGGGUGCAUUGAAGAGGCACUUUUGCUGUUCCAUUAUAUGCUGAUGGCUGAUUUGACCAUUGAUUCCUUCACAAUUUCAUCCAUUCUUGGGGUCAUUGCACUUUUGAAUAAUCCAAGUAUUGGAACUCAAAUGCAUGCCCACAUCACAAAAAUUGGUUUGAAUUCAGAUGUUUCUGUUGGGAGCUCACUAGUGAGAAUGUACUCAAAAUGUGGAAGCAUUGAAGAUUGCCGGAAAUCAUUUGAUCAAAUCGAGAACCCUGACUUAAUUUGCUGGACAGCUAUGAUUGCAAGCUAUGCUCAGCAUGGGAAAGGUGCAGAGGCUUUAAGAGGCUACGAGCUUUUGAAGGAAGAAGGAAUCAAACCUGAUUCAGUGACUUUUGUUGCAGUUUUAUCUGCUUGUAGCCAUAACGGAUUGGUUGAAGAAGCUUAUUUCUACUUCAAUUCAAUGGCUGCUGAUUAUGGACUUAAGCCUGGUUAUCGUCACUAUGCCUGUAUGGUUGAUGUUCUUGGCCGAUCAGGGAGGCUGAAAGAGGCUGAGAGGUUCAUUAUCAAUAUGCCUAUUGAACCUAACGGUUUAAUAUGGGGAACACUGCUUGCUGCUUGUGUGAUGCAUAGAUAUGUAGAGCUUGGAAAGUUAACAGCUAAAAAGAUUAUGGAUUUGGAGCCAUAUGAUGCUAGCACAUAUGUUUCCCUUUCAAACAUGUGUGCAGAUUUGGGCCUGUGGGAAGAAGCCGAGCAGAUUAGAAACCAGAUGAGGGGAAAUUGUAUGAGGAAGGAACCUGGUUGGAGCUUAAUUAGUGUGAACUAGAAUUGUAUUGUGAUUCUCACAGGUGAAUG